AGAGUGUGAAUAAAAUUUAAUAUUAAUAAAGUAGACGAGCGAAAAGUGGCUACAUUUGAAUAGCUUAAGUUUCGUAAUACUGAGCAAAAGUACUGGGCUGAUCUAUGUGUGUAGCUAAGCAAAACAUAGAAGCGGUAUCUUAGUGUCUUUAGGAUCCCACUGAAUGCACGCGAAUCAGUCAAUUCACUAUAAAAUUGGAAAAAGACGAACCAAAUCAUUUUAUUGUAAAAUACCCGCCUUUCCAAAUAUAUUUACAUCGUUAAAAUGAAAUUCACACAAUAUUUAGCAGUGAAUGUAUUACUAGUUUUAUUAAGUCUAUUAACGGUUCUAGCCGAUUCUACGACAACAGCCUCUAACAACAAACAACACACAACUUUACAUCAUAACCAUCAUCAUCAUCAGCGGCAACAUCUAACGCAUAAGCUCAGACAUCACAUGCUGGCAAAUGGUGGCAGACAAGUAAAGAAAUUAGAUUUGAAUUCGCCACAAAUUUAUGCCGCCACACUAACAUCCCGAGGAGUUCAACGCACGAGCAAAGAUGUUGAAACAGUUGAUGAAGGAGGUGUUAAAAAUAAACCAAAGAAUUUAACAUUUACAGCAGCGUCGGCAGCCGCUACUAGACUAAGACGUAUUAGUCCGCGUAAUUAUUAUAAUAAAGUUCUGCAAACUCAUGUUAAUGUAAGACGUCACAAUAACAAUAACAAUGUCGGCAACGAUUGGGCCUACAAUUCAUAUAAUAUAUUCACAAAUACUUUCGGUGCACCGGUAAGCUCACACGCGGGUAAAGGUGACGAUAAUACGGAUGAUGUUGAAUUUAUUAGCGCUAGCGGCAAUAGGCAAUUACCCGAUUGGUCUAGACGCAGUUUUGGGGGCGCAGUUCCGCCUAUUGUCCCCACAAGGCAGCCAAUAACUACUAGUACAACAACAACUACUACUAUGGCCCCGCCAGUUUUAGUGCCAGCUAGACGUGGUUACAAUUCAAUAACUAACUCAAUUAGCGGAGAUUCUGUUACCACUGAAGAUCCCUUUGAGAGCAACUCUGUCCAUCGAAAUCCAGGCAGCAUAGAUCCUAAAGAAAUGGAAAGGCGUCACAUUUGCGUGCAACAGCGUACCAUAACGAUACCAGAGAAGAAAACUGAAGUUUACACACGUCCAGUGCUGAGGCACAUCAGUACACCGUGUCAAUCGCAAACGCAUCCAAAUCAAAUGUGUACACGCGUCCAAGUAAUGCACGAACCAGCAUUUCGUGAUGUCAUACGUCACAAAUCAGCACAACAGGUCACCUAUGAUUGUUGCAAUGGUUGGACAAGAGAAUCGCCGAAUGCCGAUGCAUGCCUGAAACCGGUUUGUUCAACAGCAUGUUAUAAUGGUGGUAUAUGUUCUGCCCCAGAUACCUGUUCUUGUCCUACUGGUUUUACUGGACGUUAUUGUGAACAAGAUAUAAAUGAGUGCAAUGACAAGAAACCGUGCGAUCAAAUGUGUGUAAACACUAUGGGUUCAUAUUAUUGUAAAUGCCGCGAAGGCUUCCUAUUGCAAGAUGAUCAACAAAGUUGCAAAAAAAUAGGCGAUCUUAUCUCUCAAGGUUCACACGACGAUGAUGCUUUUGAGGCACGCGAUAUGGAAAAUGAAAUUGAAUCACAGGAGGACGUAACGGCUCGUUUACAGAAAAUUGAGAAAAUGUUGGCUAAUGAGAAAGUGCAUACGCAUGACUUGGAGAAAACCCUGCAGAAUACCUAUAAAAUGGUGGAUAUAUUGAAAAGUCGUUUAAUUAAUCUGGAGAAACAGCAAUUUGAUAUUAAUCGCUUGCAAACGAAUCUCUACAAUACCGAAACACGCACCUUAAAAUUGGAAGGCAUGGUUAACCUCUUAAUGAAAUGUAGAAAUGGACCGAAUACUCAUUGCCCGUAGACGUUAAUUUUAAUGUAAUUGUACUUAUAAAAACGAAAUUACAAGAACUGCAUUUUCUUUACUUUAUUUUUUUAUGCAUAUUUAGCUUAAUUAAUAUACUAAAGCUGUAGAUGUCUUCCCCAUAUUCUUGCAUUUUUUAUACUUUUUAUGCAUAGUAAAUAUAUGUCAUAUAUUAUGCAUGUGUGCUUUUGUAUGUAAAAUCAUUCCCGAAAUUUUUUGUAAUUUGUUUUUUUUUUU